UUAAAAUAUAAAAAUUAUAAGUAAAAUUUUAUUUUUUUUAUGUUAAUAAACAACAAAAUAGUAAUUAUUUGUUCAAAUAUUAUUAUAAAUUAAAUAACGAAAGCUAUUAGUAAAGUUUUUUAUGUUUAAAAGUUGUAUAAUUAACAAAAUUUAUAGUUUGCUUACCCCCGUGUAUCUUAGAUAAGUUUUAGCAUAAGUUUUAAUGCUUACACAGCGUUUCUUCUCUUUUCUUCAUAAAAAACGAAGACAAACUUCGGGGAGUUGUUUAAGUUAAUCAAGUUAGAGUAAUGCAUUACGAAAUUAACUGUGCUGUAAAAUAUAUUGUAAGCAAAAUUAAAGAAUACUCAUCUUUAUUAAACGAGGAGCAACUUGAAAAAUUUGAAAGUCGUUUAAAUCAGUUACUAAAAGAAAAAUACGAAAGUCAUUGGUAUGAAGAUAAGCCUAUGAAGGGAAGUGCGUUUAGAUGUAUAAAUAUAAGCGUAGAAGAUAAUUCAGUAGAUUCAGUAUUGAGAAAAGCUGCUGAAGAAGUUAGUUUAAAUUCUCAAAAUUUGCUUGAAAUUUUUAAUGAUGGUUUAGCUUUAUGGGUUGACCCUAAUGAUGUUUCUUGUCGUCUUGGAAAGGGAGCAAUAUUUCCUGUCUACAAGAAAAUUGCUGAACGAAAGUCAAAACCUCUAAAUUCUAACGCCCCUGAAUUCAGCUUGAAACAAAGACCAAGAUCAACAUCACCACCAAUUACUUUUAAUAACAAAGACUUUUAUGUUAAAACAAGAUCUUUAACGCCACCUGGUUUUAGUUCAACUGAUGUCACGAUUGAGAAUAUCUCGAUUCCUACUUCUUCUACUUCUAAAGAUACGGACAUUCAUAAACUAUGGGACUCUAUUCCAAACAAAACUUACCCUAUUGCUGGCAGUAGUUAUUCAGGACAUUAUCUUAAUAACUCACAAGUUAAAAAUGUUCCUGUUUCGAGUUUGUAUUUUAAUGGUUCUGAUAAUAUUUCUACAGCACAAAAUUCAUAUAUUGAUCAAUCGCAUCAGUCUGUUUCUUACAGGCAAGGAGAUUCAAGUUACUUAUUUAAUCAAUACAGCAGUUAUUAUAAUCCGAGUUAUUGGAAAAAGAAUAUUGGCCCAUUGUACAAUCAACCAUUAAAUCUACAACAAGAUGAUCAAACAUACCAACGUUACCACUGGUCACGUAACAAAAUUCCUGGUAAUAUGAGCUCAGUUUAUUCUACUGCACGUGCUCAAGAAGUAUUUUAAAAUAAAGUUUUUACAAUUAGUUAUAGUCUAUAUUAGACAAAUCGCUUUUCAAUUACAAUUCAUAAUGUAGUUAUAUUGGAAAGUAAACCUUUGUAAUUGCUGAAUACCUUUUUAGAAUUUUCUUUCAUUAGAAUAUAUAUGUGUGUGUGGAAUUAUAAGCAAAUUUGUUGCUUUUAUAGCACUCACACAAAUAUGUUUGUAUUUUUUGUGCCUUGAGAAAUAUUGUAACGUGUAUAUUUAAAAAUUAUUCUUGGUGCAUUUCUGUAAAUAAUAUAUAGUAAUAAGAUUUUUCCUAUUUUAUUUUUAGCGGAAUUUAUUGUGAAAUAACAGCUAUAGUAAUUUUGUUAUAAGAUGUGAAAAAGAAAUGUGUAUAAUUUUUAUUCUAUUAAAUAUAAGAGACAGUUAAGUCUAUUUUGUAUAUUUCACAACAGGAGUAAUUUCAGUUGUUAUUAUAAUAGAUAAAUUUGUAUUAAA